AUUUUCGUAGUUUAUUUUUGGGUACAAUAAUUACUGCCUUUGUACUUUUUUGGAGUGCUAAUGUGUUACUUUAUAAAGCAUUACAUUUAUUAACCGUGCGUAUAAAUGAAGUAAUACUAAGCUUAACAUGACGCAGUAUGUUGCAAUUCUUUGAAAGAAAAAUAACUUUGGCAUAAUGAUAACAAAAGAUGUAAAAAAAUCAACCUUGUAUCGCUACGAGUUCGUUUUCGUCACAUGUGUAACGUAGAGAUUAACGAGUCAUGAUUAUUGGCGGCCGCGAAAGUGCGAGAAAGCAUACGUAACUGGUGCAAAAGUGGUUUCAGUGAUUGUGACGUCACGUACUCGAAAAUACGCUGUUUGGUGUGUAAAUAAGUGUCGUCCGGAUGCGCGGCGGCUCGCGCGCGCUCUCCGGUGUCCUGGGCAGGGCACAAUUCGCGGCUUGAAGCUCCGCGAGGAUGGGCGGCGAUGUCUGCCCCGACCGAGAGCGCCGCCAGCCUCUCCCCCUGUGCUUGCACUAACAUAUCGCUUAUGCAAUUGUUCCACGAGCUCAAGCAGAAGUUCCCGAGCGUACCCGACCAUGUUGUGUCUAGCACCAUCGAGCUGUACUGCCACGACAAGCAAGCCUGUGAGACGCAACUGCACAGCGAAGUCAAGGCCUCCCUAACGCACGCGUAUCACGCGUCGUCGUCCGCCGCCGCGCGCCACCACGAGCACAAGCUCAGCACUCCGGCCAAGUGCCGGAACCAGCCUAUAUUUAAGCAUGAGGCCCCUAAACUAACUGCCAUUAAUGCUGUCCCUUGCCAAGCGCCUCAAACAGCUGUAUUAAGCACAUGCAUUACAGAUGAGAAUGAAAACAAUAAGGUAAACACUGAUGCUAAUCAAAAUGUUGUUGAACCUAAAGCCUUUAUGAAAGAGGAAAAUGUCAACAAUUCCUCUCCAGUCACGGUCAUAAACAUUGACAACUGUUAUGCAAAGUACAGUGCUGAAUCACCGAGUGACUUGGAGUUGACGAACGAAACACCUAAAGAACAAGUUAGUACACCUCAGUCUAACCCACCUGAGCCAGAGAGCACAAACUAUAGGAUACUUAAAAGUAACAAAGUAAGAUGCAAUUUACACGAGAAAUUAGAGAAAGGUAAAGGCAAGAAAACUAUUAACAAAGAGGAACUGAAAGUGAUCGUUAACAAAGAAGAGCCCCAAGCAAAGGAAGAAACCUUGGAAACUGAUUCACCACCACCAAAAGAACAAGUACAGGAGAAACCAAAACGGCCGAACACACUUGAUUUUAUCAAACCAAAUCCAGAUAUUGCAUUUAAGCCCCACGCAGAGAGUGAGCCGUGUAGAUCUGUCUCACCAGCCCCUCCAAAACAGGAACCCCCUAAAGAGCCAACUCCUGGGACAUACAAACCUGAAAGAGGGUACUCCGAGAGACCGGAUCGUUUUCCUGUCAAUGUUUCAGUCAAUGUUAACUGUCACAUGGAUUAUGGCUACGAUCCAUGGUUAGAAGAUUAUCAUAGUCCGAGACCAAUAACAUCAGUUAAUUUGACAGUUUGUACGCCAACAUCGAACAUGGCUAGUCCAGUGAGAGAUAGGGAGGAUGAUUUUGAAGGGCAUGUGUUGGUGACGGUGAGCCCUAGUACAGCGCGGGCGCCCCCGCGGCGUAGGGCGCCGCCCCCGCCCGCGGCAGCAGCCGCGCAGGAGCGCCUGGAACCGAGGCCGACGCGCGCUGCGCCUGCACCGCCAGAAUCUUCACAUAUUCCAGACCGUUCCCUCAUCGAGCGUCAGAAAGAACGCCUCGGACGCCUCGCGCGGGCGCUAGCACAGGAGCGCACCCGCCUCGCGCAGUUGACUCGAGAAGCUCGCGUACUAGCGGCACCUUUACCAUCACCGGCGCAACGACAACAGUUGAGAGAUGAUGUUCAACGCUUGAGGGCACAGUGCGAUCAUCUAACCAAGCGUGUAGAGUUGUCUGCGCCGAAGCAAGAAGAAUCCGAUAACUUCUACAACAACAUCUACACGGGGCAGCGGCCGCCGGCCUCGUGGAAGUGCCACAUGUGCACGUUCCUCAACCACCCGCUGCUCGACAAGUGCGAGGAGUGCGACAUGCCGCGCAUCGUCAUAGUUCGAGCUCACGAGGGAAUCACAGUGCGCCUGGUGCCAGGACGCCGGAAAAUUGUCCGUUCGUGGGUGUUAUGAACGACGCUCCAGACAUGAAUUCUCUUAAGUGCAGUAGUACCAACGUUAGACACACUAAACGGCCAUUAGGUAGGUAGUAUU